AGGACCUUGAAGACUUGCAGGCCUUUCGGGAGGAAGUCGCAGAAAUAGAAGAAGGAGAUGGUGAGGCGCAGAAGAUGCUGUCAAUCAGUCAACUGUUCGGGAAUACGUCGAGUUUGCCACCGCAGAACCAAAAUAGCACCGGCCAGCAUAGGAAGUCCAAAUCGAAGCAGGAGGCAGACAAGCAGGCUUCGCAGGUUCCCAAGUCGAGGAUUUUGGAGAUGCUCCUGGACUUCCUCGAGUUCGAUUGCAGUUCCGAAGACCUCGGGAGUUUUAGUUACGAUUUGCAGUUUCUCGCACUUUUGCUCCGCUACGUGGACGUACUAGUCAAGAACAGCGCGAUAAUACCGCAGAUUUGUCGGAGAGACCGCAGAGGAGACGAGUACGUGUUCGUGCGGUGGGUUCCGGCUUUGAUCAACUCCGACACGAAAGACGUUCAUCAGGCACUGGUUGACGCGUGUCCUCGGGCGUUGGUAAAGUUCUCUCCUGGCGUCUCAUCCGCCGCGGAGAAGCUGCUCGGCGUGAGCACCACUGAUCGCCUGCUAACUGCACGCGAGCAAGUUACCUCACUCGUUUCCUUGAUCGUCAAGCGGACUCUGCUUGCCCGGGCGACAAAUAUUAUGGGAAGCUCACAUGCUUUUGGAGCAAAAGAUCACGACCAGCUCCAGUGGUAUGCAGCACGUCACCUUGCGACUGCUUCCUGGGCGCAGAAGCACGCACUGAAGGACAAGGCCAGGGUUGUGCCGCUCGUUUUCGAGUUUCAAGAGCCGACCAAUAUGUACGGAAACGCAAAAGCCGCAAACUACUUCGAAAUGAAGGAAAUCCCGAUGAGCAUUCACGUUUGGCUCAGCCGCCUUUUCUUCACUGAUAAGGACUACAGAUUGCGGUUGCUUGUGAAACAGAAGCCCCGACCCUUCACCGGUCGCGCGGGCGCGGCGCAACGGAACACGACCCCUGCAGCUGGAACCACCUCGAUGUCACCUGGCAUCGCUACCGAUAGUAAGCAACAAUUGGAAAUCGAGGACACCUUCGCGUUAGCAGUGGAAGUCGAGCUGCUGAAGGAAGAGAAGAAAGUCUACGCUUUGGGGAAGUACCUUACCCUAGACCAUCCUCGCACCAUGGACGUUGUGGCCACUCUGAAUCUCCUCUCUGACCGCAUUCCGGGCUUUGAAAAGGCCAUUUCGAAGCUCGGUGGCAAGUCCUACGAGAAGACGCAGACCAUUCGUCUGUCGCAGGAGAGGGAGCGCGAACUUGCACAGCUUGCUCGCACCGACCCGGAUCUCGCAGCGGCCAUGCGCAGUUCGUUGGAAGACCAAGCGAAAGAAGCUUUGUUGAAAAAAACCGAUAUCGCAGACGAAGACGACGGAUCAAUCGCGAACCGGCCGGAAUUCGAUUUGCUGAACUUUCACUAUUCGCAACUCGGCGACAUCUUCCUGCAUGUCUUCCCGCUGCUGGAGUCCCUGGGCGUGAAAAUCAUUCUACCGAAGAAACUCAAGAAACGUGAGAAGCCGCGGCUCCGUAUGCGCGUCGCUGACAAUGACGGCAGUACAACGACGGCUGCCGACGCCGGCGCCUCUAGCCGCACCCCGGGGUUCGCAACCAUGUCCGACAAUUUGAGCUUCAACUGGACGGUCGCGAUUGGGGACAAGGAUGUUUCCAUUGAGGAGUUUGAGAAGAUGGUGGAAAAGCAGAACGGGCUGGUGAAGUUUAACGACCAGUUUCUGAUGAUCGAUCCCGCGGAGAUGAAGCAGCUGUUCCAGAGAGCGAAGCAGGUGCAGAAGGACAAAAAGAAACUUAGCAACUUCGAAGUUGCCCAGGCGGCGUUGGGUUGUCCGCACGUCUUGGGCAAAGACGUCGAGUGUCUCGUGGACGACAAAGUGGCGCAACUUGUGCAGCAGAAGCUGUCUUUCGACGGUCACGGCGCGGACGCGAGAAGCGUGCGGUUCCCGCUGUACGCCCGGCCGGUUGUCGAGAAGUGCAUUUUGAAAGUCGGGGAGGAACUGGAAGGCAAGAUCUACCCGGAAUUGCUCGAAGUGGCCUGUCUGCACGACGGCCAGACGUUUGACGCGGAGCGCGAGAUGAACGGCAUCCAGCGCUCGGAGCAUCAGACUCCCGUCGUGAAACUGCUCGUUUCCACUUCAAACAAGCGACAGCACUUCGCGAAACUCAAGUUCGGAGCACCGACGGAAAAAAAGGCAAGCGCUCAACAAGAAGAAGCCGCCGCUCCGGCAGGCCGCGCAGCGACUUCUUCGCAAUAUUACAACUCCGUCGGGUCGUUGCAAUCUACUUUGAAGGCUGGUGGCAGCGGCCAACCAGGUUUGAUGCACCGCACGUUAUCUGACACGGGUACCUCGUCCUUGUUGCUCAACGUCUGCUUCAAGGACAUGUGGAGACAUGGCAGCGUGCAGGAAAGCGAAAAAUAUGUCGACAACCCGUUCACGCGUGGUCCAAUCAGCAAACGCCACCCACCCCGACUGAACGCGAAAGUGCAGGGCUUCAUUGAUGCGCUGCAGCUACUGCUGACUGGACGAGGACAAAGCGCCCCUGCUGGGGUGCCGCAGGGUCUUGGCGGUCUGUUUCCUGGCGGCGCGCCCCAAGUAAAGGAACUCGAGACCGCCCGCGAACUACCCACUUCCUUCGAAAAAUUUUCCGAUGACGAGCUGAGCGAAGUGUUUCACCGGCUGAAGGUCGCAGCGCGGCCAGUGCUUGCAGCGCAAGAAGUCAACGUGUUGUUCCGCGAGUUGAAAGAGAUCGUAACCGCCGCGGCGGAAAAUCCAGCGGUUAAACUUGCCGGACAGGACUAUGAAUCUUGCGAGGAACAAAGCAGCUCGGAGCAGUUUUCGUCGGGUGAUGUGAACAAACCUGUGUGUGAUCAGGAAGCGUCCUCGCCGAAGGAAGCUUUCCCCGUCCCUCCGGACCUGUGUGCCAACCUCCGCGAGUAUCAGAAGCGCGGCUUCCAGUGGCUGUGCCACAACAUCGAUUUCGGCUUCGGUUGCAUCUUGGCGGACGACAUGGGGCUGGGAAAAACGGUCCAGGUGCUCACGGCCAUUUUGCACUUCCGCAACGCGAUCGCGGGCUUCCCCAUGCAGAUGCCCCAAGCAGGUGGUCCUUUCGUCGCUGGUGGAGGUCCUAACACCGCUGCACCAGCAGUGCCCGCUACUCAAGUUUUUCCCGGGCUUUCGCAAAAGGGCCAGCCUUUCCGGGUUUUGGUCGUUUGUCCAACUUCUCUGGUCGACAACUGGUGCGCCGAGGCUGCCAAAUUCACGCCUUCGCUUCGCGUCAUCCAGUACCACGGCGGCCAGCGCGCGGCGGCGCUACAAAAGUUACUCGGACAUAAGGUCGACGAGUCCUCUUCCAAGACCGCGGGGAAAAAGGCAAGCAUGAAGACGGCGAAAGGGAAGUCGAAAGCAAUGAAAGCUCUUCCUCCUCCAGCUGAUGCAAGUACAAUGUCAGGCGCUGCUGCUCCAUUAGGCUCGCCCUCGUCCUCUGCGGCUGGUGACACGACGACGUCCAAUGCUGACAACCAGGCACAGCCGGGUGCAACUGCUUCGACGCAGACUUCCCAGCUGGCGGAGCAGCAGCUGCCCGAGGUCAUCGUCACCUCCCUUGGUACCGCGCGUUCCGACGCCGCGCAGCUGUCAAAGAUCGACUGGUUUUUGCUCGUGCUGGACGAAGCGCAGGCCAUCAAGAAUCCCUCGUCACAGCAAACCAAGGCGCUGAAGAGUAUCCCGGCCAGGCACUACCUGGCGAUGAGUGGGACCCCCGUGGAGAAUCGCCUCCUCGAGUACUGGAGCAUCUUCGACUUUGUCAACAAGGGAUACCUGGGUGACACCGCGGGAAGUUUCGCGAAGACCUACGCCCGACCGAUCGAGAAGGAUGGCUGUCGGGAGACGCUGCAGCAGUUUCAUCGUGUGACGCAACCCUUCUUGCUCCGCCGGUUGAAAACGGACAAGCAGAUCAUCAAGGACCUCCCCGACAAGGUCUACUGCGACGAGAAAUGCGGGUUGAGCAAGGAGCAGGCCAGCUUGUACCAGGCUCUGGUCGAGCACUGCAUGGGGAACAUCGAGGGAAAAAGCAAGAGGAAGCAGGGAGCGCAGUCGGACGCUGAGGUGCUCGUCGGCCACGUCGCGGCGGCCGCGGAGGAUCACGCGGCGCGCGCAGAGCAGGCGGGACCUGCACGGAAGCGGCGCAAGAUGGGGAGCAGCAGCGCAGCUGGC